UUCAUACAGAAAGCCCCAGGAAUGCAACCAUGGCUUACAAACUCUUUCUUUUUCAGGACCGAAUCAUCAAUUUAGUUGUUGGCAGCUUUACAUCCUUACUGAUUCUAGUAACACUGAUCAGUGCUUUUGUAUUCCCUCAACUACCCCCGAAACCGCUGAAUAUAUUUUUUGCUGUCUGCAUCUCUUUGAGUAGUAUUACUGCCUGCAUACUUAUCUACUGGUAUCGACAAGGAGACUUAGAACCGAAAUUUAGAAAUCUAAUUUACUAUAUCGUAUUUUCUAUCAUCAUGUUAUGUAUAUGUGCGAACCUGUACUUCCAUGAUGUGGGAAGGUGAGGCUGCCAAGGAGAAAUCCUUACCAGGACUCUUCAAACUGUACAUUAGGACAGUGAAUAACUUUUGGAAAAAAAUACGCUGAAGAAUCUUCUACAGAAGUCUGAUACAUGAUUUUCAUGUCAAUUAUAAAUCUAAAUUCCCUCUUGCAAGGGAGAUAUAUAUCAUAGAUCUCUUUGCUUUUCUUUUAAGGAGCCGAUUUUGCACUUGAACAUUCCAGCACUCAAAUGGCACAAGUAAUUUUCACUUUUGAAAUUAAACAUUUUUCACAAUUUAAUUGCAUGGCUCAGAAUCUUGCAUUUUAAGACAAAUACUCUUUUAUUUCUGUUAAACUGAAUAUACAAUUAUUGUUCCCUAGGCAACCAUUUUUUGCUUAUAACUACAAUUUCACGUUAACAAAAGAGACGGUGAAAAGACAACUUUGAUUGUGAAGAUCUAAUUACAAUAAUAAAUAAAAUAAUUUAUACAA